AUGGCGAGGAGGGCGGGACUCGUUUCGCGGCAACCAGCAGAUAUUACGCGUAAUGGGUGCUCGCCUUUUUCUGCUGAGCGAGCGACACCGACGUCGACGAACGACGACGACGACGACGACGAGUAUGUACCGUUUGCCGCCGCGUUUGUGCAAAUAAACGGCAUCCAGGCGGGUUCGCAUAAAUUCGUUCCCUUCGUCCUUGCCGCUGCUGCUGCGUCGCUGACUGAUAAGAAGACUCGCCUUGUGCUGUAUAUACCCGAGGGUAGUGCCGAAGUUCUCCGAGCGACACCGACGUCGACGACGAACGACUACGACGACGACGAGUAUGUACCGCUGAAGGAUUGA